AUGUUUGCUCUCUCUUCUCCCAUCUCCCCCACCUCCAUCACCACCACUACAAGAACAAGAGCCCCACGGUUCAGGCUCAAGGCCACCCCCAUCGCCGCCGCCUUCGCCGCACCUCCCUCCACUAUGUAUGAACUUCUCUCUAUCCCCCACACCGCCGGACCCGAAGAGAUCCGCCCCGCCUACCGCCGCCAAGCCCUCCGCUGGCACCCAGACGCCUGCCGCUCCGCCGCCGACCAGGGCCGCUACGCCGAGCGCUUCAUGCAGGCGCACGAGGCCUACGAGGUGCUCUCAGACUCCACUCGCCGCCGCAACUACGACCUCUCCCUCUCCGGCGACCGCUGGGCCGCUGCUGUCGGCGCCGCCCCCGCCUUCCGCGAGGGCCGCCAUCAGAGGCGUGAGGGAGGCGUGACGGCGUUCGGGAACUGGGACGCACAGCUCGAAGGGCUCUUCCGGCGGUCCGCCGUGACGGAGGCCGGCGGGGAGGAUACGUGGGGCGGCCGGGUGCGCCGGGCGCGACAAGCCAUUUAA